AUGCACUCUUUAACAAACUUUUCCUUAGCAACAAGCCGACCUCCGAUCAUGAUCAUACGAACAUAAUAAGCAAUUUGAAGAAUGAAGUAGACCAAAACAUGUAUUCAUUGCAACACCGAUGAAGCAAAACGAGUUCAGAAAUAAAAAUCCUUUGUAAAAGAUGCUAUCGCUAUGGCUAAGAGUAAGCAAGAAGGUUAUGCGCUUGCAACAAAUUCUCACGACCAAAAAGAAAAGAAAAAUAUCAUCUAAACAUUCCUUCAAUCUGGAUUACAAUACGUGCUUAGCAAUUCGUUGCUCUUUGAUAUUACCAACUUCGUCACCAUGGAACCACGAUUUGUAGUGACAAGAUAUAUCUCGCUCUAAAUGUUCAACCAUAGAUACCUGGGAUCAGAGCAAAAAUGAUAAGAAAACAGGCAAUCGCUUUCGAUAGUCUUCAGCACACGAACAAACAUCUUUCAAUCUCAUAUUAACAUAAACAGAAUGUUCCAGUGCCAAAACAUUGGAUGAAGAUUAGAAGCAUUUUCGAGCCUGUAUAAUAGAAUGAGCCAACACCGAAGGCUAUUCUUGCCACUUGGGUUGAAUCCAUGAUCGAUUCAGUAAGAUGAUCAUCUAUAUUGAUUCUCGGUGUUAAAGUCAUGACAAAAAAUCAUAUGCAUGUUCAAUUGCAAAUAGAAUCCUACCUAAUUCAGUGGUGAAAUCCCAAGUUCAAGCAGGUGGCGAAGCCAUUACUUCGGGAACUUGAUGUCCGGAGAAGGUGAACGGUAGGAUGAAAACUGAGAAGGGAUCCUGCAUCGGCAACAUGGGAGAAGAAUUUAGGGCAAUAGAUCACAUGUGAAGGGAAAGAGCUACUUGAGAAGAAGAAAUGCAGGUUGGUGAAUAAACUAAAAAGUAGGAGUAAAGCUUCAGAAAGACACAACAGCACAUUCCAAACUCAGGAAUGAGAACCAACUACUCACUUUACACACCUCAAAACGUACUCCGCUGUUUGAUGGAACCUAAGGCUACAAAAUAUUCCAUCAGAUUCUGAAUGAAGACAAGGUUGGCACUAAUAAUUAUUGCUCUCAGAACUCUAGAGACAAGCAACUAGGACUUCUAGACUGUAAAACCUGCUCCAAUGAAGACACGGUAACCUGCUCUGCCCCCUAUGGAUGGGUGAUAUGCCAGACCCUUCUGUUGUAACAAACCAAAUAUAAUUGAAGCUUCCUAUCGUGUUGUACAGCCAUCUAAUUGGAAAAGGUUGAGCAGACAAAUCAACAUGCUUCUAUUACAUCAGUUCUCAAGAUCCUCGUAAUGAAGUCAACUGGUUUCCUAACACGAUAAUUGGGUACUUUUGAUAGACUAAAUUGCACUUCCACAGCCAACAGAUAUCUCCAAGAGACCCAGUAACCAGUACUAGCGUCUACAUAUUAGAUUUGAUGACCAUGGCUUCUCGUCCUGAAUCGCCUACUUCCCUCUAACGAAGUGGCCAAAGUGGAGUAUGCAAGAAACCUAAUAAUUUAGAAGGCACCAAAGGAGAGUCACAGUUCAAAAUUACAGGACCUAACAAACUAGGCUCAACAUGUAGAGAUUGUGGGUACCAAGCUACCUACCAUUCAUUUGUCAAUAACUCAACAUAAACAAGCAUUCCACAGUCACACAGAAAUUGGAAAGCAUUGAUGCAAUCAACAUUCAAAUUGUCCAAUAUCGAGAACAGAAGUUACCUGCUGCAGAAGUCAGUAAUGUACCGAACAAUGAACCAGAUCAACACGAGCAUCAGCGUAUCUGCCAAGUUCAGGAACCCAAACAAGAAAAUGCAGCAAAAACACACACAAACAGGAGAUUUUGCCAAAAACCCCUUCAACCCCAUCAGUAAAUUUGAUUCAGAACUAGUCCCAAGUUUGAAAUCCACAUAUCUCUUGUUCAUAUACAGUAGACUACAAACAGCUCCUGGGAAAAAUCUAGAACACAAAAUCUCUGCGAAUGCAAAAGAGGCAAAAGAAGGAAAAGCAGAUCCCUACUUAUCAUAAGGAUACUGAAAAGGCAACGUUCCCACCAAUCCAACAUGAAUAGCCCGAAGGUGACAUUGUAGAGAUAGAUCUUCCGUUGAAUCCAGUUCAUAGCUCCCCCAGAACUACAGAGGCAUCGAAAAUUCAAAACAGGACGGCGUCAAACCACCGGGAACAGAACCAGCGAAGCCAGCCGGUAGAGCAGAUCACAGUGCGAAAUAAGACAGACGAAACAAGAUCGAGAGCAGGAUUUCUUUCAGGGCCGGCCCAUAAUAUUCGGAGGCCCUGUUCGAAAAUAAAAAUGUGGCCCUAAAUUUUUUUCCAUGCACAACUCAACAAUCAACUAAGCCAAAUUUCCAAGCAAAAUCUCUUGUAAAAACAUAAAAUUGGUUAGAAAUCACUCAGCCCAAAACAAAAUUAGGCAACCCAUUCCAAUUUAGGCCAGCCCAUUCCAAUUUCGCCCCUGCCUGGCGGCCCCAUUGCUUCUCCAACUCCAUGGCUCCAUUCGGCCAUCUCCAAUCAGCAACAGAAGCAGAGUAUGAAGAACAGAAGAACAGAGUCUCCAAAAUCCAGUAGACAGCAUACAAGGAAUAAACAAAAGACAAGACAUGUCAACAAAAUUCUUAUCAAUUACCGAACCACGACGGAGAGACGAAAGUCGCCAAGUCGGAAACAGGGGAAGAAGGCGAGCGCCUAGCGGGACCGCGGAGUGCCGGAGCGGUAAAGUCGGAGUAAGAGAUUGAUUUCGUCGGUGGAAUGAAAAUCGAAGGAAGAAUCUGCCAAUUUGGGCGGAUGCUUUGCUUCACCUUCUUGGCUGAGUAUUUUAGGGGGAAGGAUUGAGUUGAUUAUGAAGAAAUAAAGACAAACAUCGAUUUAGAGAUCGUUGUUUACUUUUGGGAAGGUGAGAAAUCUGGGGAAGGGAAAUUUGGGAAGGUAAGCAAUUUGGGGAAAGGAAAUUUGGGGAAGGGGAGAUUACGAUUUAUGAGAUUUGAGAAAGAGAAGGGAAUAAGGAGGCUGGAGGUAGGGAUGGCAAUGGGUCGGGUUGGGGCGGGUUUUGCCAAACCCGAACCCAAACCCAUGGGUUUGUCCGUCAAAAAAACCCGGGGUAAAACCCGCUGGGUUUGAAAAACUCAAACCCAACCCAACCCGCUGGGUAUCCGCGGGUUGAUGGGUACCCGCGGGUUUUUUUGGUAAAUAUUUAUAAAAUAAUAAUUAACUAGAAACUAUCAAAAUCUCAAGCAUAAAUCUCACCCGCUUUGUAUUGAUCUGAAUACUAACUUUAAAGGUUGAGCGUGGCCUUAUUCUACAUUCUUUGCCUUGAUGCUAUUAGGAAAAGGGAAUCAACAUGAUUUUUGUACUAGGUGGGAAUGGUACACAUGCUGGGGCAAACGCCAUACACGAAGAGGUUUAUAAGCUUACAUCUUAUUGAUUUCCUGCACUACUAUAUCUUUUUGUCUGUUUUAGUUGAGUGCUGGUUAUAUGGCUUACGAGCUAGUUCAACCUAGCUUCUCCUUUCUGAAUCCUCUUAUAGAAGGAUACUCUUGAGGAACUGUUAUGCCAUAAUGGUACCUGGGAUCGAGCAUAAAAGGUUGGCCAAUAGAUAUCUAGUCUAAGUACCGGGAACAGACUUUUUCCAGAAUUGCUAGAAAAUGUAAUUGAAUUUAAGAUGUAAACUAGUCCAUCUGAACUAUAUGUAUUGGUUCUGAUUUUCCUAUGACAUUAUAUUCUCAGGCAGACUUAAACUCAGAACAUUGAAGUAAUUGUAAUAGGUGUCUGAUAUUAGAAGUGGUCAUCUUAGAACUGCAAUUUGGUACUUCUAGCUUUCUUCAUUUUACAAGCUCCAGCGUAUUAUUCCCAGGCAGAUCAGAACAUUGAAGUAAUCUUAAUAGGUGCCUGUUACUAAAAUUGAUAGCAUGGCAUUUCGGUAUUUCUUACUUUCUUCCUGGUACAAGCUCCAAAGUAUUAUAAUUUAUAACUUCUAAAUUCCUGUUUUCAGUGCCGUAAAAGAAAGCUGCAGGUAGCUGUAGUUGGGGUACCAAAGACCAUAGAUAAUGACAUUUUAUUGAUGGAUAAAACUUUCGGUUUCGAUACUGCUGUAGAAGAAGCACAAAGAGCAAUAAAUUCUGCUUACCUUUGCAGAAGUGCUCUCGCGGAGCAGAAGACCAAGGAGAGGGCGGCGGGGGUGGAGUCGGAGGCGCGCGCCGAGGAGCAGGGAGAGGGCGUCGUGACUGAAGUCUGAAAUCGGGAGAGGAGUCGGAGGCGCGGCCGCGUAGCAGAGGAGAAAGGAGAGUUCGCCGGGACGGAAUCGGUAGUGGAGUCGUAGGCGCGGCGGCCGCGUAGGAGAGUUCGCCGUGCCGGACUGGAGACUGGACUCUGGUAGGGAUGACUGGAGAUCGCGAUUUGCGAAAGGAGAGGGGCGGCAGCAGUCUUUGGGAGAAAGGAGAGGGGCGGCCGAGUAUGGUCUUGGUCGAUUAGGGAUUUAGGUUUUGUCACUUGCGUGUCCGGGUAUCCACGGGUCGGGUUCCCCAAACCCGAACCCGCCCCAACCUGCCCAAGCAGCCACCGGGUUUAAACCCGAACCCGGUCAACACGGAUUUUACCCGGUUUGACCGGGUUGGGUCGGGUCGGGUACCCGCGGGUACGGGUUUCACUGCCAUCCCUAGCUGGAGGAGCAGGCUGGGUGAGGGCCUCUGCCGAUUCGUUUUCUCAGGUUAAUUUUUUUUUAAUAUAUAUGUAUUAGUGUAUGGGCCAAGCUGAGGCCCCAAACAUUUUGAGGCCCUGUGCUGUAGAUCAGACCAGCACAGGAUCUGGGCCGGGCCUGAUUUCUUUUACCUCGUGGAGUUGCAGAGAGCUUUACGAGCUGUGAGAGAUGGAGACGGAGAGGCGAUGAGCGAGAUGUUCUCCGAAAUCUCUGAUUUUGCUGCGAACUUGAACAAGACGUGUCAACGGUGGACGUUAUUUAAUUAGCUGGAAAUUCCGCGGGGGAUGAUGGGUCGGGUUGGGGUGAGUUACGGGUUAAAGGCUAGCGGUUGGAUUCUUUUACAUGGGUUGAUCGGACGGGUUAGGAGUAAUUUAAUCGUUUUUGGCGGCGGUGAACUUUUCUGGUCAUCGGUUAUUAUUCAUGGAGUUCCACAUUUCCAUUCAACUACUUAAAUUUGGUCAUCGGUUAUCUUGAUCCAGAUGUAUAUAUUUGUCUAAAAUUUGAUAGUAUGUUCAAACAUUUUUAAAAUACCUAUCAUAUCAAUGCUUUAUUAACAUCUUGAUAUACAAUUCUCCAAAAAUAAAAGUAUCCCUCUCUAACUCUCUCGAGUUUGACUAAUCAGUACUCAGUACCUUAAAAGUAAUCCGGCCAAUUAACCGGAUAAAAGGCUAGUUUUAUUUUUCAUUAUAGAGUAUUGAAUUAAUAAAAAAAGAGAGGGCAUCCAUGGAGACUUGCAAGAGCAGAUGAUUCAGUUUUAUGCACUGCAAGUCUGCAACUUCACGGUUGGAACUUAUAAUUCAGUUUUAUGCACUUCAACUUCACAAUCUAAGUCAGUUCUUUUCACACUUGAAGAGUGGCUGAAAUUGACGACGAGGAGGAGGAGGAAGAGACACUUUUUUUAUCUCUCUUUAUGUAUCGCUCUUCACCAGGAGUACAUACAGGUUAUCUUCAAACUGUUGUUACUACUUGAAGGUUUUGACUUGAGUGCUAAACGUUCCUAUCUAAUCUACAGUUUGGAAAAGGCAGACAUUGGGAUAUUUAGAAGCUCAAAGCUUAAAUUUCAACUUUAUCUUUCUGCAGAAGGUGAGUUGAGUUAUGGGUUGGCUGAGUUGCACUUCUUUCUUACUCCAUCUACUGAAAUUGGAUAAAAAAAAAUUUCUCGGAAGCCAUGGUUGAACUGCUUUCCAGUCCUGCAUUCUUUUUUAUCUCUUGGGAUUUUUCAGGAAGCCAUUGUCGAACUGCAACUAUUGGGUGACGAAUCUCACAGGGCAAACUAGAUACAUACGUGAUUUAUGUCCGAUCAUUUUUCAUCUAGAACUCGAUUUUCAAAACUCUGCUUCUCAUCUUCUUCCCUAGUUUCAGAGUUUUGCUCAAUGUUUCAAGUACACUGCUUGGAGAGGGAGGGUUAGGUCCUGGAUCCCAGUAAAUAGCUCUUGUUGUCUGUUUUCAAAGGAAUUGGACCCUCUUUGACCAGUCAUUUGUUCGGUCUAUGAUGUUCGUUUGUCUGUGAAGCUUUUGCUCACUAUUUUGGGCGCUAUUCCUAUUUGCUUUGUUUCAUUGACUGUUUUUCAUUUGUUUGACCUGGCAAAAGUUUGCUUUCGUUUGUUUCCAGUGCUUAUGGACGACCAGAUGGAAGCAGAGGUCGUGGAAGAGCUAACUAAAGCGGUAGCUUUGAAACUCGAGCUGUAUUUCCUACAAUGAUUGUUGUUCUAAAUUGUAAUGACUACCAAAACUUACAUAUCAAAAUGGUAGAAAAAAGUGUCUCAAAUACCAAGAACUACGUAGAGGCUGAGUCCAGGCUAAAUAUCACCCUCAAAGAAAAUGUAAGCAGAAGAAAACUCCUCUCUAUUCGAUUUUCGGUUUCGUAUAGAGAAGAAAGCACAUUUGAAUCUGCAGAUUGAUUGUCCUUUGGGUGAUACUGUUGUACCUUCUUGGUGCUGUGGCAUUUUCUUCUUUUGCUUUUACCUUUUUCUACUAUAGUUGCUCCUUAAUUUUGUCAUUGAAUGGUUAAGACCCGAUUCUGGAUUAGAUCAAUACGCUGGGAGUUCAAUUAUCUUUUGGAUUAGCCAUUACUAAAUAUUUCCCUGGAAAACUGUUGUGGUUGAGGGAAUAUUGACAUUUCUCGCUAGCCGUAGUUGCGAGGUUUUGGUAUUAGAGAUAAAAGCUUCAAUGAGCAGGUAGUGGUCAUUCAACAGUCAUGGAUAAUAAUGUAGUGUGCAUAAACUAUUUGUCUUUCCUCAGACAUGGAUAAUGUUCGACAAUCAGAGUUCCUUGGCAAUGCAUUUGUUUUUUUACUUUCACUUUCGGAAUGUGUAAGCUCAUUGGAAAAUAUGUACGUUAAGAACCAUGAAAACAGGCUAAUAAUACCACCCUGGUUGUAGUAAUAUGAACUACCUACCAGAAGAUCAUGCUGAUUGGUUGGCUCAUCUUCUAUGCUCUUCAUUAUAUGUGUGAGGUAACCCUUUGACCAAACAAAACAUUCUUAUGACAUGUGAGCAAUGAAAGCACAAAAAAGUU